CCGAGUGCCGGGGCGCAUGCGCAUGGGUUUAUUUGUUUCAUGGGUGGGAAAGUCGUGAGUUUGUUCGACGGAAAUGGCGGGAAAGGUUCCGGUCGGCGGGGGGCCUGGCACGACUGAAAUGGAGACGGGUGCCCGACCGAAACAGAGAGGGGGAAGAAUUGUGCCAUCCCGUUACCUGCAGUAUGAUCAAAAAGCAACUGGAAAGGGUACCUCAAACACCAAUUUGUCCCUUGCAAAAGGUCUAGGAAAUGUUGGAUCUCCAAAGAGACCAUCUGUUCAAUUUCAGAAAUACAAGGCUUCAGUAGAAAUUACGCCCGGUGUAUUACAGUCAACUUUUCUGGACAGCCAUGAGAGUUCUCGACCCGAACUGGAGGUUUCAGCUAUUAACGAAAAAAGCCGCUAUAAGACACCAGUUUCAAAGCUCAGUAUUAAAGGCCCUUCCAAAAAGAAGCAGAUCUCGGUAUCCUCUGAUUUAGAUGAUCUGAUUGGGAUGCUGGACUCUCAGAUGCUGCUGUUAACUUAUGCCUCCAUAAAGAUGGAGAAGAACCUUGCCCUUCUGGAGGGGAAAGCUGAAAGAAACUUGUUACUGCUGUGUGAGGAAGUGGGGAAACUUCAGAGGAACGCACAUGAAAAAAAGCAUAAGCUGCAGCAUCUGAAGAAAGAGACAGAGCUCUCUGAAGCACUAGAGAGACAGCUUGAAAUACUUGGGCCUGUUUCUGAACAAUGUGCACAGUUUAGGGAGGAAUAUAAGCACUUUGCCACAGCCCUGGACACAACAAGGCAUGAACUGCCCCUGAAGGAUAUCUACAUAGAAGAAAACAUGGGCCAAUAUCUAGCUGAUUUGCGGAAGAGCUUGGCUAUGACUCAGAAGGUUUUGAAUGAAGCUCUGCUACAGAACUUUGAAGAAAACGCCAAAGUGCUGAAUGUCAUGAAGGAGCUAGAGGAAGCAUCCUUGAAGCUGGAUGCAGAGCUACCAAGGACCUUUGCGCAUGUUGUGGACUUGUCUGCUGAUGUGAGCAAGGAGGCCUCGCUCCAUUAUCAGAAAGUGUGUGAAGACUCCCUGGGUCUGGAGACCAUGAAGCAACUGUACUUUAGUUAGACCCAAUCUAUAGCUCUUGGUGGGUUCGUCCCUGAAACAGGAGGCUGGUCCUUCUGUUCUUUCACUUUCCUAUUGGAGAAGGACUGAAAUAUGUUACACCAGGUGGGGUAACAUUUUCUACUCUUGUUUGUUACAAUUGGUUGAGAGGGGAGGAUAUUUUAAAGAGAAACUUGAUUGUCUGACAUGAAAAACAGGAUAUAAUCGGAAAAGUGCACAGAAAAAAGAAGGUGCAAGAUGUACUUUCUUCCCCUCAUCCCUCUUGGUGCCAUUUCAGCUAAUGGAAACUAGGACACAUUUGCACUUUGGGAUUCUUUCAUUUUUGUAUUAAAACAAUUUUCUCAUUGCAAAUCUGGUGACAGUAAUCUUCAUUGGAAUGGGUUCUUUCUUGCCCUGUAACAUUAUACAAAUGUUAGCUUUUGAAGGAAUAUUUUCAAAAUAAUUUGAGAAAUGAACGUAUACCUUGCCUAU